AUGGCUCGCUACAUUGAAAAUUCUUAUGUGAAUGAUGAAAGGGCAGGAGCUGAAAGGUGUUCUCCAAGUUUCAUUGAAGCCAGCGUUUCAGCGAUUGUUCGAACGAUAUUGGAACGACCAAAAGAUCGUGAUGAGUUAAGAGAUCCCUCUCCAUACACUGGUCUUUCCGGGAUAGCGUUCGCUUUGACCAAAGUCAGAUCAUAUCCGGGGGGUGAUCUGAAAGCCGAGGCUCAGAAAAUGAUUGAGAGGUGUCGAUCACUGUUUGAAGAAAAACCAGACAAACAGGCGAGAUAUUUGUGUGGCGGCCUCGGUGCGAUGACGAUUGAUUUGACAGUACAAAGAGACAAAUCAAUUGAAAAGCAUAUUCACUCAUUGGUUCGAGCAAUCAUCGGUCCAGCUUUUCCCUGUGAUGAAGUUCUCUAUGGAAGAGCCGGCUUUUUGGCGGCUGCACUGUGGUUGAAAAUCACAUACAAUGAGGAAGUGAUCAACCCAGAUGAUAUCAAGCGAGUAAUCGAUGAGAUCAUCCAUCGUGGCCGAGAAGAUCGUUCUAGCGACUCUAAUCCACCGCUGAUGUGGGAAUGGCACGACACAGCCUAUUUGGGAGCCGCCCAUGGAGUCGCCGGGAUACUUCAUCUAUGUUUGAGUUUCGCCCAGCUUUUGGACCCCGACUCGAGAAGAGAUUUGAUCAAAACGGCUGAAUGGUUAAUCGGUGUACAGGAUUCAACGGGGAAUUUUCCUUCAUCCAGAAAAUGGGUCGGGAAAAGCAAAGAAGAGCCGUUGGUUCAUUGGUGUCAUGGGGCAACGGGAGUCGUUCCUCUUCUCAUUACUCUUCGGGGCUUGGAGCAAAAAGAAUUAUAUUUGAAAGCUCUCUUAAAAGCUGGUGAACUCAUAUGGAGAGAAGGGCUCCUGAAGAAAGGACCGGGUCUUUGUCAUGGAGUUUCUGGAAGCGCCUACGCUCUCCUGAACAUUUGGCGACUGACCGGAGAUGAAAAAUGGCUCAAUCGUGCCAAAUCUUUUGCUGUAUUGAUGAUGGAUGACACGAUUCGCUCACAACAACGAACCCCCGAUUCACCGUAUUCUCUAUUUGAGGGAUGGGCCGGAGCCCUAUGUUUUCUAGUUGAUCUCCAGCAACCAGAUCAAGCACAAUUUCCAUUGUUUCCUAUUUUAUUCAAA